AUGAAUGGAUCAACAUCCUCUGACGCGGUUGAUCCAGGUUUAGGAGUCACCACUCCUUCUCCAGUCAAACAAUCAUUAAGGCUAAGUUCUAGCUCAUCAAGUAAAGAUGAUAAACAAAUAACACCAUCCAUUAAACGAUCCAAUUCUACUAGAUCCAAGGGGAUAAAUUUUAAUGUUGCUAUAUCUCCUUUGGCUAUAAAUCAAACACCUCCUUCCCUGAAAGGUAGCCAUAGGAAAACAGGAUCAUAUGAUGCAAAAAAUUUACAUUUACCCAAACUACCUGAAUCUUCGCCAAGUUCUAGCACUCCGGAUUCGCCGAUUCCAUCAGCUUCAGAAGAAUUAAAAUAUGACCUUCCAUUGCCACUGAUGGAGCAACUCAUGGGAAUGGAUAUAGACGACCAAUUAAGAUUGCUUGCGCUAAAAGAAAUGAGCAUAGUAGAAAUAAAAGAUAGUAUAGGAAACCUAAAUUCUAAAUUGCAGAGAAACGAAAAGGAGUUGCAUAGUUUACGAGAAGUCAUACAGAAGUCAUUAUACAAAGAAUUGAAUUCGUCAACCUCAAAGCUGAAAAACGAAGCACAAUCAAAUACAAAUGUCACAAGACCACAAAGACAGAAUAGUAACCCUCGAGAAGAGGCAAUUGCAAGCACCAAAAAUAGAACUAGAAGGAGAACUUUAUCAUCGUCUUCUGGUGGUGCUGCCCCUGUAUUACUGUCUCAGCAAUCAACGCAAAAUCCUGAUAAGCAAGAUAGAAGAAACUCUACAUUAUGGAGCAAUUUAUCGAAACCGUUGAAUUUAAUACAGCAGUUUGAUUCAAUGCUACAACAUGAAUUUGAAAAAUCUAUGAUUCCUCAGCAAAACCGUGAGAUUCCAAGUAGAACUACACAUUCACAUAAAUCAAGACAUUCAGAGGAUUCAAUAUCCAGUUUGGGAUCGAUCUCCUCGCCUCUAAAUUCAAAAUCUAAAUCUAUUAGUGAAAAACCAUCGAAUGAUGAGUUAGACCAAUAUUUUGCUCAGCAAUCAGGUAUAUCAAAAUCUAAAACCGAUGGUGUUAUUCCUAAGGGAAAUCAUAUGAAUUCAGACGAUAUGCUCCAAGCAGUUUCAUCUUCAAUUUGGUCAUUUGUUAACGAUGUGAAAACAAAUGUACUUUCAUCAUUAGGAGAUGAAGAGGCACCUGAAUCUGGAGGCCAUGUAACUAAGGGACCAUUGGAUUUCACGAACUCGGACAACCAAAAAGACAUCAACGAUCUCACACUCUAUAAUUUGGAUAUCGGAUCUACAGUAAGCUUUGAAAAAAAUGAAGACUCUGAUCUAGAAAAUACAUUUGUCCAUAAUACGAUGAGUGUCGACGGUACUAUCGUAGACGAUAAAAGCAAAAAUGACUAA